AUGUGUGCCAUGUUAAAUAGUGUAUCUGAUACCACCAAAGAAUGUGAUAGUGAUGAUAACCUGGGUAUCCGAAGUACUUCAAUGGGAGAAGAAUUCACAUCCACAGAAGAUGUGAAAUUAGAAGAAGCAAUUAGAAGAAGUCUUGAGGAAAUGUGUUUGGGAAAAUUAAUCAAUGAAGACACCCACACCUGGAAUUCUCUAUGUCGACAAGAAGUAAACAUCAGAACGUAUGAUAAUUCAGUACCAAUCAGUGAAUCAAGCAAAAAAUUAUGGAAUCAACAAUACUUCACUUUAACAUUCCCCAAUCCACCUCAGCCAGGUAGAAAAAGGAGAUCAAGAACUUCAGGAUUACAAAUCACAGUUCCUAGACAUAACAAAAGAAAUUUAAAGGAAGUUCAGAAGCCACCUCAUAUAUGGAUAAGGCAUUCUUUAAGAAAAAAAUUUCAAAGGCCAUCUAUUUACUUAACUAUCAGUAGACAAGUUUCAUUCAGACAUCCUUAUACUCCUAUAACCCAUCCUAAAAUGUCAGAAGCUAAAAAAUCCAAUGGAAAAAAAGGAACAACUUCAAAGAAAGUUUUCAAGAAAGAUAUAAGCCCACAUGGAACAACUCUAGAAUCAAAUAAAAUAUUAAAUUGUGAGAAACCUAAAAGAAGAAAUAAAACAGAUAAAAUUCCAUUAAAAUCAUCACAUGAAAGUGAACUAUCUAAGAAAUCAAAGUCCAAAUCAGAAAUAAACCCAGAUUCCAAAGAAUCAAAGUCCAUCUCAAUAACAGAUCAGAAAAAAGAUAAGAGAAAUUCAAAGUUUUCCAGGGAUAUGAAUAUUGAAUCCAUAUGUGCAAAGAAGUAUUCUAAGAGUUCAAAGAACAAUUCUGAUGACAAAUCAGAGACUUGCUCAAAAAAUAAUUCAAAUAAGGAUUUAAAGAUGUAUUUAGAGGAGUCUUGUGCUGAAUCCAUGGAAUUUGAUAUAUGGUUAAGGAAUUACUCACAGAAUAAUUCAAAGAAGCCUCCAAAGAAGGAAACAAAAAAAGAUGCAAAGAAGAGCUCUGAUGCUGAAUCUGUAGAUUCAAAAGAUUCAAAGGAUGCAAAGAAAGAUUCAAAGAAAAGUAAGAAAGAUUCAAAGAAAGAUGACAAGAAAAAAGAUGCCAAGAAGGAUGAGACAUCUACUGAUGCAGAAUCUGUAGACUCAAAGGAUGCAAAGAAAGAUUCAAAGAAAGGUAAGAAAGAUUCAAAGAAAGAUGACAAGAAAAAGGAUGCCAAGAAGGCCACAGAGUCUACUGAUGCAGAGUCUGUAGACGCAAAGGAAGCAAACAAAGAUUCAAAGAAAGGUAAGAAAGAUUCCAAGAAAGAUGACAAGAAAAAGGAUGCCAAGAAGGCCACAGAGUCUACUGAUGCAGAAUCUGUAGACUCAAAGGAUGCAAAGAAAGAUUCAAAGAAAGGUAAGAAAGAUUCCAAGAAAGAUGACAAGAAAAAGGAUGCUAAGAAGGAUGUCAUGUCUACUGAUGCUGAUUCUGAAUCUGAAGCAGAUCCAAAAAAAGGUAAAAAGGAAUCAAAGAAGGAUAAGAAAGAUUCAAAGAAAGGUGACAAAAGUAAAUCUGCAGUGAAGUCUGAAGAAUCUACUGAAACAGAGUCUGAUUGGGAGUCAAAGAAGAGCAGGAAAGGUUCAAAGAAGGUUAGGCAAGAUUCAAAGAAAGAUGCCAAGAAGGGUAUAGAGUCUAGUGAUGUUGAAUCUGAUGUAUCUUCCAAGAAAGACCUAAAGAACCCUCCAAUGUUUAAAAGUUCAGAUGCUGAAUCUGAAGAAUCACUACAUAAACUUGGGCCUAAAAAGAGAGUUGAUGAAUCAGAUGCCACAUCUACAGAUUCAAAGAAGGAAACACUGGAACCAAAGAAAGUAUUCAAAAUGCCAUCCAGAAGGACUACUUUCAAAGAAAAAGGAAAAAAAAUAAGUACAGGUAGAGUUCCUCCAUCAAGAGAAAGACCACCACUACCUCCUUGUGAGCCUUUACUUCCAUCACCUAGGGUCAGACGUCUCUGUCAGUGCCAGAUGCCUCCUCCACAUCCAAAACCAAGAUAUGCUCCUUUGCCUGAAGCAAAGUGGAUUCGCAAGCUGCUUUAG